CCCAAAUUAUCUCCAUUCAUGUUAUCUUAUUUACCUACAUACAUUCAUACCAUACAAACCAAAAACUACUCUCAUUCCAAUUUCCAGUUUACGUUUUCACUGUUAACAAUGGCUGAAGCUGCUGCUGCUGCCCUCGUCAAAGUCAUUUUUGAGAAGCUAGCCGAUGAAGCCUUCAAGAAAUAUGCUCGCUCUCAGAAUAUCCACUCAGAGCUCAAGCAAUUGGGGAGCACGUUGUCCCAGAUCCAAGCUCUGCUUAAUGAUGCCUCUCACAAGGAAAUAACUGAUGAAUCUGUCAGACUGUGGCUCAAUAGUCUCCAACAUCUGGCUUACGAUAUCGAUGACGUACUUGACGAAGUGGCUACUGAAGCUAUGCAUCGUGAGCUGACCCCGGAAUCAGAAGCGAGCACCAGCAUGGUAAGAAAGCUCAUCCCAACUUGCUGCACAAACUUCUCACUAAGUCAUAGGCUGAGUCCCAAGUUAGACAGUAUUACCACCAAGUUACAAAAUCUACAAAAACAAAAUCCUGGUUUGAUUGUGAAAGGUGAAAAGCCAAAAAAUAACAAUAGAGGAAACGAAACCUCCUUGCUAGAAUCUGAUGUCAUUGGACGAGAAAUUGAGAAAGAAAAAUUGCUCAACAAGCUGUUGCAGGAUGAGCCAUGUAAGGAAAACUUCAGCGUCUUACCCAUAGUCGGUAUGGGUGGGGUUGGUAAGACCACUCUAGCUAAACUUCUGUAUAAUGAUACACAAGUGAAGGGUCGGUUUGAACUCCACGCAUGGGUUUGUGUCUCUGAUGAUUUUGAUAUCUCUAAGAUAACCAAAACCAUCUUUCAAGCUGUGUCCGACGAAAACAAGGAAUUUGCGGAUCUAAAUCAGCUUCAAGUGGCUCUUAAAGAGAAACUUAAGGACAAACGAUUUCUACUAGUACUAGAUGAUGUGUGGAGUGAAAACUUCAACGAUUGGGAAAACCUAGUGCUCCCAUUUCAUUCAGGGGCUCGUGGAAGUAAGGUAAUCAUGACAUCUCGCAAGGAGCAAUUGCUUAAGAUGCUAGGUUUUGAUAAUCUAGACCAUCUUAAGACUUUGUCGAGUGAAGAUGCUUUGUCUUUAUUUGCUUUACAUGCAUUGGGUGUAGACAACUUUGAUUCGCACCCAACACUCAGACCAAAGGGUGAGCGUAUUGUGGAAAAGUGUGGUCGUUUGCCUUUGGCGUUAAAGGCAAUUGGAAGGCUGCUGAGAGCUAAAACAGAUGAAGAAAAAUGGGAUGAUGUGUUGAAUAGUAAGAUAUGGGAUUCAAAUUGUGAUGGUGACCUUUCUGCAGAUUGGAUGGCAAUUGUUCCCGCCCUUAGGCUAAGUUACCAUGAUCUUUCUGCAAAUUUGAAGCGGUUGUUUGCAUAUUGCUCAUUGUUCCCCAAGGAUUAUUUGUUUGACAGGGAAGAGUUAGUCCUAUUGUGGCUGGGAGAAGGGUUUUUGAACAAAUCAAAUGCAACCAUGUCACCAGAACGCCUUGGCAAUGAAUAUUUUGAAGAGUUGUUAUCAAGGUCAUUUUUUCAAAAUGCUCCUAAUAAGGAAACAUUAUUUGUGAUGCAUGACCUGAUGAAUGACUUGGCUACAUUUGUUGCCGGAGAGUUCUUUUCAAGGGAUGACAAUCGGAUGGAAGAUUUGUCGAAGUACCGUCACAUGUCAUUUAUCCAUGAUGAAUAUGUAGCUUACCACAAGUUUGAGGCCUUCAAGAGAGCUAAAGGUUUGAGAACAUUGUUAGCGGUAUAUGUUGGGGUCGAUCAAAGUUGGGACGAGUUCUACUUAUCCAGCAAGAUUUUGGUUGACUUACUUCCUGAGUUACCGUUAUUAAGGGUUCUUACUUUGAGUCGUUUUAGGAUAAGUGAGGUACCGAAUUCCAUUGGUAGUUUGAAGCACCUAAGGUAUCUUAAUCUAUCUAAAACUGAUAUCAAAGAGUUGCCGGACAAUGUUGGUAAUCUUUAUAAUUUGGAAACAUUGAUAGUUUUUGGAUGUAAGAGUUUGACCCAGUUGCCUAAAAGCUUUUCAAAGCUAAAAAAGUUGAGGCAUUUUGACAUGAGAGAUACUCCACAGCUGAAAAAGUUGCCCUUGGGGAUUGGUGAGUUAAAAAGCCUACAAACUCUCACUAAAAUUAUCAUUGAAGGACACGAUGGCUUUGCACUAAUCGAGCUUAAGGGAUUAAAGGAUCUGCACGGGGAAAUUUCCAUCAAGGGGUUGAACAAAGUGCAAUGCUCAAUGCAUGCACGAGAGGCGAACUUAUCUUUAAAAGGGAUUAAUAAGUUAAAGUUGAAAUGGAAUGAUGGUUCUGGAAGGGAAACAAUUGAGAAGGAGGUUCUCAGUGAGUUAAUGCCAUGUAGUGAUAAGUUGAAAAUGCUUGAGGUUAAGCAUUAUAAGGGAAUCGAGUUACCGAAUUGGGUUGGGGAUCCGUCUUUUCAUCAAUUGGUUCAUGUGUCCCUACGGGGUUGUAGAAAAUGUACAUCUCUACCGCCACUUGGGCGACUACCUUCACUUGAAAUUCUAAGGCUUGAAGAUAUGUCGAGUUGGGAGGUAUGGUCAACCAAUAGCGAUGCAAUGUUUCCAUGCCUUCGAGAGCUACAAAUAAAAAGAUGUCCCAAUUUGAUUGAUGUCUCACUUGAAGCAUUACCUUCACUAAGAGUUUUGAGGAUAGAGGGAUGUGGUGAAAGUGUGCUGAGAAGUCUGGUUCAAGCAGCUUCAUCAACCACUAAAUUGGAAAUUAGAUCGAUUUUAGGGCUUACGGAUGAGGUGUGGAGAGGUGUCAUAGUGAAUUUUGGGGCGGUUGAAGAGCUAUGCAUACAAAAUUGUGAUGAGAUAAGAUACCUAUGGGAAUCAGAUGCAGAGGCAAGUAAAGUUCUUGUAAAUUUAAAGGAAUUGGAGGUAAAGUAUUGUAUGAAUUUGGUGAGUUUAGGAGAGAAAGAGGAGGAUGAGGAUAACAUUGGGAGCAACCUCCUAUCAUCUCUAAGGAAGUUAAAGAUACUGUUAUGUGUUAGUAUGGAGCGUUUGUGUUGUCCAAAUAGCAUUGAGAGUUUAGACAUCAGUUGGUGUACUUCAGUUAGAGAUGUCUCCUUCCCAAGAGCAACAACAACAGGUGGAGGAGGGCAGAAUCUCAAGUCACUUACUGUAGAUAUAUGGGGUUGUGGGAAUCUAAAAUCAAUAAAUCAACUGAGUAACUCCACUCACCUCACCUCUUUGUCAAUAAUGUAUUGUCAAAACAUGGAGUUAUUUUCUAAUCUUCAUCAGCUAUCAAAUCUCACCUCUUUGUCCAUACAAGGUUGUGAAAGCAUAGAGUCAUUUCCUAACCUCCAUCUGCCAUAUCUCACAGAACUGAAGAUAGGACGUUGCAAAAACAUGAAGGCACUUGGUGACCUGCAGCUACCAAAUCUAAUCAGUUGGAGUAUAGAAGAUUGUGAAAAUCUGGAGUCAUUUCCUGACCUUCAGCUAUCCAAUCUCACCAUGUUAAAAGAUAUGACUAUCAAAAACUGUCCAAUGAUUGAUGCUUCCUUUCCUCGUGGGCUUUGGCCUUCCAAUUUGCGUUCCCUUGAAGUAGGGGGAUUGAAAAAGCCCAUCUCAGAAUGGGGCAAUCAGAAUUUCCCACCUUCCCUUGUUCACCUAUGCUUAGUUAAUGAACCUCAUGUGAGGAAUUUUAGUCAAUUGUCCCACCUUUUCCCUUCUUCUCUUACAUUUCUGGGAAUAGUCCAAUUUGAUAAUCUGGAAUCCAUUUCAACGGGACUCCAAGACCUCACAUCCCUUCAACAUUUGUACAUUUCCAUCUGCCCAAAGGUGAAGGAUUUACCAGAGACGCUGUUACCUUCACUUUUGAGUUUGAAAAUAUAUGAAUGCCCAAAAUUGAAAGAAAGGUGUGAAGGAAGAGGCUCCCACUACUGGCCCCAAAUCUCUCAUAUCCCCUGCAUCAACAUAAGAUAAGAGACUA